AUGGUGAUCAGGGCUCAUGAUUCUCCGUCGUCAUCUCCGGUGAGAAUCACGGUCUCUUCGGCUGGUGGAUUUCGGAAUGUCGGAUUGACGAGUCCGGUGCAGCGGACUUCCAUUUCGAAUUCUCCACUCAGCGGUGGAGAAAUUAGGCGCUUGAGUGGCGGGAGGUAUCUUUCUAUGUCAAAAGAUGGAGCUGACGAAUACGUUGCUUACACCGUUCAUAUCCCUCCAACCCCUGAACACCAGUUUAUGUCGUCUUCCGAAAUCAGUCCCGAAUAUGUGAAAAACCACGGAAACCCAAAUGAGAAUCGGAUCAAAGACACGGUUUUUACAGGUGGAUUCAAUUCGGAGACUCGAGCUCAUGCUCGUCGGAUGAAAUCGGUCGAAGAAAUGACGGUGGUUAAGUCAAAGUUGCUCUGUCAAGUCGACGGCUGUGACGAGAAAUUAGUCGAUAAAUCUUCGAAAUCUCAGUGCGAAUGCGGGUUUAGAAUCUGUAACGAAUGUUACUUGGAUUACUGUUCGAGUGGCGGUGGUGUUUGUCCAGGGUGUAAAGAACCAUUUCGAGAAGCUUGUGAAGAAGAUGACGGUGAUUAUCAGCCGGCGAUGUCGGAGGAGAAAAAAGACACCGUCAAUCCGCUGCCGAGACGCGGUGGUGGGAUCCGAUUGGAGAACAAUUUUUCAUUGGUGCGAUCGUUUAAAGCUCCAAAUCAAGAUUUCGAUCACACACGGUGGCUGUUUGAGACAAAUGGUACUUAUGGAUUUGGGAAUGCGGUGUGGCCUAGGGAGGAGUGCCACCGUGGUGGCGGGGGCCUUGAUCAGUACGAGAGUCCGCCGAUGUUCAAUGACCGGAGGAACCGGCCGCUGACCAGAAAAGUUGGGAUUUCUGCUGCCAUUCUCAGCCCUUACAGGCUGCUGAUCGUUUUACGGCUGGUGGCGCUGGCUCUGUUUCUAACAUGGCGGAUCAUGCAUCCAAACCACGAAGCAAUCUGGCUAUGGCUGAUGUCUGUAAUCUGCGAGGUUUGGUUUGCGUUUUCGUGGAUUCUCGAUCAGCUUCCGAAGCUCUGUCCGGUGACCCGUUCCACGGAUCUCUCGGUUCUCAAAGAACGGUUUGAACCCACCCGAAACAAUCCAAAAGGAUUAUCGGAUCUUCCGGGGAUUGAUAUAUUCGUCUCGACAGCUGACGCAGAGAAAGAACCGCCGCUUGUAACCGCAAACACCAUCCUCUCGAUUCUGGCUGUUGAUUAUCCAGUGGACAAGCUGGCCUGUUACCUCUCGGAUGACGGUGGAUCGUUGGUGACAUUCGAAGCUUUGGCUGAAGCCGCUAGCUUCGCUGGCACAUGGGUCCCAUUCUGUCGGAAGCACGAGAUCGAGCCAAGGAACCCCGAGGCAUAUUUUUCACAGAAAGGCGAUCCGUUGAAGAACAAACGACGGGUUGAUUUCGUUAGGGAACGGCGACGGGUGAAGCGGGAAUACGACGAGUUUAAAGUGCGGAUCAACGCGUUGCCGGAGUUGAUUCGGCGGCGAUCGGAUGCGUGUAACGCACGAGAAGAGCUUUUAGCGAAAAAGAAACAGAUGGAGCUCGGCGGAACCUUGUCGGAAUCAGUAAAAGUCCCGAAGGCGACUUGGAUGUCGGACGGAAAUACUUGGCACGGAACAUGGUUUUCGGGCGAGGAAGAUCACUCGAGAGGCAACCAUGCCGGAAUCAUUCAGCUUAUGUUGGUUCCACCGGCUCCUGAAUGUACCUACAAAACCGAAGAAGAUCCUGAGGAUCUGAUCGACACCCGGAACGUUGAUACGAGGCUACCAAUGCUUGUUUACGUGUCCCGAGAAAAGCGGCCUGGAUUCGAUCACAACAAAAAAGCGGGGGCGAUGAACGCAAUGGUUCGAGCCAGUGCCAUAAUGUCAAAUGGGUCAUUUAUUCUUAACCUCGAUUGCGAUCAUUACAUAUAUAACUCGUUGGCUUUACGCGAAGGAAUGUGUUUCAUGCUCGAUAGAGGUGGCGACAAGAUCUCUUACGUUCAAUUUCCGCAGCGAUUCGAAGGGAUCGACCCUAGUGACCGUUACGCGAAUCACAACACCGUUUUCUUUGAUGUCAGCAUGAGAGCUCUCGACGGGUUACAAGGUCCGAUGUACGUUGGAACCGGGUGUAUUUUCCGGAGAAUCGCUCUUUACGGGUUUAGCCCGCCUCGAGCCACCGAACACCGUGGGUGGUUCGGCGGCCAGAAGAUCAAGUUUUCAUUGAGGAGAAUGAAGAAGAACAAGACUGAAACCGAAGAAGAUGCUGAGAUGAUCAUGCCGAUUGUAGAUGAUCAGAACAACGAUGAAGAAGAUGAACUCAAACAGGCCUUGAUUCCUGAACGGUUUGGCGAUUCCACCUAUUUGAUCGACUCGAUCGCUGUGGCGGAAUUCGGAGGCCGACUGAUUCAUGAGUUACGCGGAAAAGGCAGUCACGGAAGACCAUCGGGGUCUCUUGCAGUUCAACGCGAGCCAAUCGAUCGAGCCGCGAUCGAAGAGGCAAUCAAGGUCGUCACCUGUUUCUAUGAAGAUAAAACCGAAUGGGGGAAACGGGUAGGGUGGAUCUACGGGUCGAUAACCGAAGAUGUUGUGACCGGUUACCGGAUGCACAAUCGGGGGUGGCGAUCGGUCUACUGUGUCACCAAGCGGGAUGCUUUUCGGGGAACAGCUCCGAUCAACUUAACGGACAGAUUGAUUCAAGUUCUCCGGUGGGCCACCGGAUCUGUCGAAAUCUUCUUCUCGAGAAACAAUGCCCUUUUCGCUAGCCCACGAAUGAAGUUUCUGCAACGAAUCGCCUAUUUCAACGUCGGAAUGUACCCAUUUACCUCCAUUUUCCUCUUGGCUUACUGUGUUCUCCCGGCGCUUUCCCUCUUUUCCGGUAAGUUCAUCGUUCAAUCGCUGAACGUAACAUUUCUGAUCCUACUUCUAGCCAUCACCGUUACCCUAAGCAUGCUCGCCCUCUUGGAAAUCCGGUGGUCUAAGAUCACCCUCCACGAUUGGUGGAGAAACGAGCAGUUCUGGUUAAUCGGCGGCACUAGUGCACAUCCAGUGGCGGUGAUUCAAGGUCUGUUGAAGGUGAUUGCCGGAAUCGACAUCUCAUUCACACUGACUUCAAAACCAGCGGCGGCGGAUGACGGCGAAGAUGAAUUUGCAGAGCUGUACGAGUUCCGAUUCACGAUGCUGAUGAUUCCUCCGGUGACGAUUAUCUUAUUGAAUGUGGCGGCGAUAGCGGUGGGGGUAUUUAGGACGAUGUACAGUCCAUUCCCGGAGUGGAGCAAGCUCGUAGGUGGAGUGUUCUUCAGCUUCUGGGUGUUAUCACAUCUGUAUCCAUUUGCAAAAGGGUUGAUGGGGAGAAAAGGGAAGAUAUCAACGAUUGUUUAUCUGUGGUCGAUGUUGAUCUGCAUUGUGAUAUCGCUGAUAUUUCUGUAUAUCCACCCGCCGGACGGCAGCCGUGUCACGAUCAAACAGGUUGAAGACGAUGAUAGAAGGAAGAAGUUUGCUAAGUCUCGAAGGAGUUUCAAGUCUCGCAGGAGUUUCAAGUCGAAUUACGGUGAUCGCAGUCAACUUGUUCGACGAAAUGCCAAAGACACCAGUGAAGGUUUUUCUGAUACGAAUGUUGAGGAGAAGAAAUAUGCUGUUGUCUCAAAGAGUUUUCAUGAUCUUUUGGUCGAUAAGACUGCGUUGAUUGAGGAAAAGCCGAAAGAGAUACGACAAGUGAACUUUGAAUCCGUUAUUGGUAGAGGCAUUAGCAUGGAAAUCUCUGAAGAUGACGACGAUGAGCCAAGAGAUAAAGCGGUUCGAUGGACAGAAGAUGAUCAAAAGAAUGUAAUGGAUCUCGGGCUUUUGGAAACCGAAAGAAACAAGAGGUUGGAGAGUCUGAUGGAGAAAAGAAGAUCAAGAAAAAAUCUGGGUUUUCAGGAUAAAGUAACUGAAAAUCCCAGCAAUGGUCAGGUUUCCGCCAUUAGAAUCACCAGAAUAAACCCAUUUCUUGAAGACAAUUCACGCGGUAUGAACACUCCUGGUUCGGCCCCGUCUUCUUUUUUAUCAAUACGCAAUCCUUUUGAUCUUCCUUACGAUCCCCACGAAGAAAAACCGGAUCUUUCUGGAGAUAAUUUCCACGAAGAAUUCACAGUCGUUCACCACAAAGAACCCAUCUUUUGUAGGCAUCAAAGCUUCAGGUUAGGUGCUUUUACACAUCCACAUCCAGAACUCGCACAUGAUAAACACGAAAUAUCCUUUUACAAAGAUCUUGCUAUGAAUCACAAGACUUUCAUGGGACUUGGUAAUUAUCAAAAAGAAGGUGAAUCAUCCUCUGAACAAGAGGCGGACGCUAUCCAUCAAGAAGAUGAAACCGAAAGAAACACAAAAGAACUUGAAGAGCAAAGUGAUGAUUCGUAUGUCGAACGAAAAGCUGAUAUUAUUUUCUUUUAUGGGGGCGAUAACAAAGUAGGCCAUGCUCCAAGCAACUCCAUUGUUUCUGAUUUGCAGGUCGAGGUUUCAGAUGAAGAAUCUUGCCCUUGCCCAGAUGAUUUGGACGUAGAAAAAGAUCAUACCAAUUCUUUAUUGGGUAUCAAGAUGGACGAACAUUAUGCAGGUCAAGAAAACAACCCUGGCAUUUCAUCAUACAGUUUGGAUGCAGCUCAUCAAUCUCCAGUAUCAACCCGUGAAAAGGAUGGAUCGCUACCAGAUCAAAAAACCCAAGACAAACAAUGUGUUUUUGAACAAAUUCAUCACUCUGAACCCUCAUCAUCAACCGAUCAUGGGAUGGAAAACAGCCCACAAUUGUUGAACUCAGCUACAGUAGAAAGCAGCAAUCACUUACACGAAUCAUCUGGGGGUAAUCAGAGAUCUGUGGAUGAGGCUGGACCAGCAGGUUUGACAGAAGUGGUGGCUUCCGUUGGUUCAAGUUCUCCGAUAUCCGUCUUGCAGCCGAUGUUUUCAACCGAUCAGGCUUCGCCAUAUUACUUCGCGAAUGACGUACAGCAGCAGCAGCAGCAAUCGGGUGAUCGCAAUGGGUUGCAUCAGAUGAACAAUUCAGAGGGAAAUCAAUUGAAUGAGAGAGAUCCAUGAUGUUAGAUUCAUAUUCACAACUUCAAGAGCUUGAACUGGUGGUUGUUUCUUUAUCUUCAAGAACUUUAAUUGGGAAUAGAAAGAGGGACAAAGAGUAUGAAAAAUUGGACACAAAGUUAAAAGCAUCACUUGUAGACAUAUUU